AAGUACGACAGGAAGGCUAGAGUGUAAAGGUGUUCAGGCAAAUUAGUUGUGGUACGGGCAUCUGUCACUUAGGUACUCUACACAGUUAAUCAAGAGCUGAAGGGAGCUUGUAGUGAGAUUGGGAACUGGCUACUUUGUUUAUAUGGAAGAAGAAAUGUGAGAAGUUUGGUGUACCGACUGGAAAGGUGAAAUUUAUUCGCUGAUUACUAUGUCUGGGUCUUAAAUUUGUACACAUUGUUGGGGAGGAAUUGCAGAUGUGCCUUUUGCCAAUUUCAGAUCUGGAUGGAAUUGCCAGUUCUCCACAUUUUAUCUGAGUGGAACCAGUUUGUGAAGCUGCCUGCUGUGGCAACAUCUGGGGUUAUGCUGCUAUGAGUAAGGCUGGAAGCUGUUGGAGCUGCUUCCUGUAGUACAGGGUUUGAUUCUACCCAGCCUUUGUUCGUUUCCUGUACGACUCUGAAGUUAUUUCACCAGACCGUACUCCUGGGCUGCUUCAGAAAAGUGACACGAGGGUUCAGUGGGCUGGCAUGGACUGGUGACGACUAGGAAACUUUAGCAGACGCAGCACCUGCCACCAUGUCGGGGGCAGGGGGCAAGCGGUCUGCAGGGGAUGGCGGCCAGGGGCCAUCCGAGAAGAAAAUGAAAACAGAAGAGAAGACUACCACCACACUCAUAGAGCCCAUUCGGUUAGGGGGCAUUUCAUCUACUGAAGAGAUGGACCUCAAGGUACUCCAGUUUAAGAAUAAGAAGCUGGCAGAACGUCUUGAGCAGAGACAAGCCAUUGAGGAUGAGCUGCGAGAGAGGAUUGAGAAGCUGGAAAAACGUCAGGCCACUGAUGAUGCCACAUUACAUAUCGUCAACCGCUACUGGAGUCUGCUGGAUGAAGAUGUGCAGGUUUUGCUGCAGCGAUACGAUGCUUCUGCAACACCCCUAUCACAGCCUGUUGUCCAACUGGAAAUGAAGACUGAUAUAGAGUUAAUGGAGGUUGAGCAUCAACAGCAGUCGCAGCUACUGCCACCACCUCCACUGCCACCAACACUACCGCUGCUACCACCUCCAUUGCCACCAGCACUACCACUGCCACCACCUCUACCACCACCGCCACCACCACCCCCACCACCACUGGCUGAGCCCCAAGUUGAGGAACCAAAGACUGAGGAAAAGCCUGAUGAGAGUGAGCCAAAAGUGCCAGCUCCCUCGUCUUCCUCAAACGAUGAGCUGAAUGAGACCGCACAGUCUUUCCUGGCCACCCUGGCUAGUAGCAGCAGUGAAGAGAUAGAACUACAUCUGCAAGAGCGAAUGGAGUUUUCCAAGAAAGCAGUCUCACGAAUUGUUAAGGUGUUUGAUCGGCUGCACCGUCGUAUUGAGGACCUUUGUCAGAAAAUACAGAGCUCAGUGACAUUUGAUUUCUUGGGUGACUCCACCAAGGUCUCGAACAAGGAGCUGAUUGAGGAGAACCGUAAGUUGCAGGAUCUGGCAACCCGGCUACAGGAGAAGCACCAUAAAAUAUCAUUGCAGUACAAUGAUCUACAAGACAAAGUCACUUCCUCAGAAACCAAGGUAUCUGAAAUGGAGACUGCCAUUGAGGACCUACAGUGGGACAUCGAAAAGCUACGUAAAAGGGAGCAGAAACUCAACAAACUGUUGGCCGAGGCUCUUGAACAGUUAAAUGCAGGGUAUCAUGCAGCUGGAGGUUCUGGUGGAUUCCAGGGUGGGCAGACCACCAUGAGCAUGCAGAAGUUUGAAAUGCUUAAUGCCGAGUUGGAAGAAAACCAGGAGCAUGCGAACAGCAGGAUGGCAGAACUAGAAAAGCUUCAACAGGAGCUGCAAGAAGCUGUACGGGAAAAUGAGAAGCUAAAGAUGGACCUGCUAAACUUCCCGGAGAUCAUGGUGAAAGAGACCGGAGAGUUCAAAUGUCUGCAGGCACAGUUCUCCUUGCUUUAUAAUGAGAGCCUGCAGGUCAAAACACAGCUGGACGAAGCACGGGCCUUGCUGAUGACCACAAAAAAUGCCCACUUGCGGCACAUCGAGCACAUGGAAAGUGAUGAACUGAAUCUGCAGAAGAAACUGCGCACUGAAGUUAUUCAGCUGGAAGACACGUUGGCACAGGUCCGCAAAGAAUACGAGAUGUUGCGCAUUGAAUUUGAGCAGAACCUUGCAGCAAAUGAGCAGGCAGGACCAAUUAAUCGAGAGAUGAGGCAUCUGAUCAGUAGCUUGCAGAAUCAUAACCACCAGCUGAAGGGUGACGUCCAGCGAUAUAAACGCAAACUCCGCGAGGCACAGGCUGAGCUGAACAAGAUUCGAAUUCAGAGUGGUGGAGCAUCAACUGGCUCUGGUUCAACCUCCACGCCUGUGACUGAUGAGCCCUUAACACCAGUUAAAGAGGAAGAGGGCCUGCCCGAGGUGAAAAUGGAGCCAAAGGAUCAACCUGUGAAAAAGGAACGUGAUGAUUCGGCCAUGGUGGAGUGUAAAAAGGAGGAAGAUGAAGUGAAGAAAGAUGAGAAGUCAAAAAAUCGAGACAGGGAGAAAGAUGCUGAGAAAGACAAAGAGAAGGACAAAGAUCGUGAACGAGAGAAAGAAAGGCAGAAGUCAGAAGAAUCGCGUAAAAGGGACUCUGAUGCAUUGAAACAACUUCGAGCAGAACUCAAAAAAGCUCAGGAGAGCCAGAAAGAGAUGAAGCUCCUGCUGGACAUGUACAAGUCGGCUCCCAAGGAGCAGAGAGACAAGGUGCAGCUCAUGGCUGCGGAGAAGAAGACCAAAGCUGAGGUUGAAGAACUGAAAUGCAAAAUCAAGGAACUAGAGGAGAAGGAGAGAAGAGAGAACAAGAAAAUGGCAGAUGAGGAUGCUUUGCGGAAGCUCAAGAUGGCAGAGGAGCAGAUUGAUCACUUGCAGAAGAAACUUGCAGCAACAAAGCAGGAGGAGGAAGCCCUGCUGUCUGAAAUGGACGUCACUGGUCAAGCCUUUGAAGACAUGCAAGAACAAAAUAUCAGACUGAUGCAGCAGUUGCGGGAAAAGGAUGAUGCCAACUUUAAGCUCAUGUCUGAACGCAUCAAGUCCAACCAGAUUCAUAAACUUCUGCGCGAGGAGAAGGAUGCGCUUGCAGACCAGGUACUCACACUGAAGACCCAGGUUGAUACACAGCUUCUUGUUGUACAAAAACUUGAAGAAAAAGAACGGGUACAACAGCAAAACCUGUCCACAAUUGAGAAGGAGCUUACUCUAAGGAUGCAAGCACUGGAGCACAACAAGAGGAAGGCUGUGGAAGCUGCUCAACUGGCAGAGGACCUGAAGGUUCAGCUGGACCACACACAGACAAAGCUUCGAGAGAUUCAGUCAUCUUUGACGGACAAUCGGACAGCCAAGGAGAAGGAAUCCUUUAACCUCAAGCGUGCUCAGGAAGACAUUUCAAGGCUGAGGCGGAAACUUGAAAAGCAGAAGAAGGUAGAGGUCUACACAGGAGCUGAUGAAAUUCUACAAGAAGAGAUCAAAGAAUAUAAGGCUAAACUGACAUGCCCAUGCUGUAACACCCGCAAGAAGGAUGCAGUUCUCACAAAAUGUUUCCACGUAUUUUGCUUUGAGUGUGUGAAGACACGAUAUGACACUCGCCAGCGAAAAUGUCCAAAGUGCAAUGCUGCAUUUGGUGCCAAUGAUUUCCAUAGGAUCUACAUCAGCUGAGGUUAAAUGGGACAGAGCAGGAUGAAAACUUACCCUCCAUCUGGGAAGGAAACAGACUGUGGCUUAAGGAGUGAAAGAAGUCAAUGUCAUUUUCUUUGUUCCAGACUUUAAUAUGACCAUUUUAUUUUGAAACUCCAAAGUGAAAUUACUUUCUAAAACUAAACAGGAGCACAGUUCUGGAUGUGCAAUAUUUUGUACCAUUAUGGUGUGAUACUUUGCAGUGGUCCAAAUACAAAAACUUGUAGAGUGAGUUUCUGUUUGGGUUCAGAACUCUGAAAUGUUAGCAUGUUAGAAUGCUGAGUUUUAAUUAGUUGGGGGGAUUGACGAGUUGGAGCCCCUUAUCCCUUUUCUCCCUCAUUUCUGACAGUUACCACUAGCUGAUGAGUUAAAUCUGUACAGAGCAGCAAAGUGUCUAUUGUUUAGAGAUAUAUUUUGUACAGUUUGAGUAACUUUCGUUGUUUUAAUUGUUCUUUUAAUUUAAUUAUUUUAAUUUGUGGGGCACUGGUAUUUAGCUUUUAUUUUCCCCUGGCAUUUUUGUUACAGAUUUUACUUUGUGGGCCUGCAUAUCAGAGCUACAUGUUCAUCUAUUAAAAACAGUUACUGAAGUUGCUGAAUAAGACAGUCUGUGUGGGUUGGUUAGGAGUUAAAAGAAUGUAGACCCCCCAAUUGCUGUCAAAUGUAAACGGUGAAAUCAACAAGUUUGAAGUUUUAUUUGCUUAGACAUAUAACUGAUUUUCUUCCUUCUGGGGAAAAUGGAUAAAUCUAGGAAGCAAUGGUAGAAUAUGAUUUGAAAGUACAGGACAUGAAGAUGUGCUAAAAAGAAAAACAAAUGUGGUGUGUUUGUAAUAUUGUACAAGCUGUGUAGAAGAGGCCACAUGUUUUGCCAGCCAAUGAGAAUACAAUGCUUCCCUUGAGUUCCAGUGAAGCCGUAUGCUGUAAUAUUAGGAGGAGGCUCCCUUAAUUUCCUUUGGAAUGUUGGAUCUCCUGAAAUCUUUGUGCCUAUAAAGUGUCCCUCACAAAACAGUUGCACUGUGAUUGAAAGUAUCAGUGUGUUUUCCGACUGGAAUGUUUCCAUUUUACUUUUGUGAGCCAAGCUUUUGUUCUUGACUGCCUUCUUAACAGUGUGUGCUUAUGUUUGAUGUUCAUACAAGAAGUCUAAGUAAUUUUAAUGGCACCAUAGGUUUAAAUUAAUGUAUUGUCAACAAAAAAUGUUAAAUGUGAAAAAAAUGACAAUGUUUCAGAAAUGUUCAUAUUUUUAUUUUCAAUAAUUUCUAUUUGUAGUCCCCUUUGGCAGGUUGGGAAUUGAGAUUGAGGAGAGGGGUGCAGAGAACUCAUUCUAGAAUAAUGGCACUUCUCAUGAGCUGUAUUAAUACCAGCAGGUGCCUGCUGUGCCGAUGUCCGAAGUGAGUGGCAGUACUGGAAACUGCAGAGUAGCCCAUGUGAGGGCCAUGGUCAGUGAGAGGAUGAAGGGUAGUGUCACUUAGCUCAUGAUGUGGCAUUAGAUUGCUGUCAGGCUGUGCAACUCGUAAGGUAAGCACACGAAUAGAAAUGUCCCAGUGCCACUGGCAACACGGUUAUCAUCAUUUCUGGGGGAAAGUCAGAGUCGGUCCCUUUGUCCAUCUUUGGUGUUGCCACUUCUGUCUUAAAACAACUUGUGUAACACAGUCUGCUGUUAAGUUACUUGGCAUUCCAUGUAAAUAAUAAAAGUCCUUUACUUUUG